AUGAACUCAAUCACUCGGCAGCUUAAAAAGGCUGCGCGUAUCAUCCUCGUUGGUGCGCCUGGCGUAGGAAAGGGAACUCAGACAGAAAGGCUCCUCGCACGAUAUCCAGAGCUAUCCUCAAUCAGCUCAGGGGACCUGCUACGCGAAAAUGUGCGGAAGAAGACCCCGUUAGGUCUCAAAGCAGAGGCCGCUAUGCAGGCUGGCAACCUCGUUCCCGAUUCCAUGAUCCUCGAGCUCAUCUCCUCCGAAUUCAAGUCCAAGGGCUGGCUCCCAGCAACAGCGCCUCUUGCAACGGCUACAUCACAUCACACAUCUCGUCCGACCCCCUCGUUAUCCCCGUCCGCCUCAUUCAUCCUUGAUGGGUUCCCACGAACCGCCGCUCAAGCCUCGAGCUUGGACACCAUUGUCCCCGUAAAUUUCGUUGUUCACCUUGUCACACCACCAUCCGUUAUUCUCUCGCGAAUCGCUUCGCGCUGGGUCCACGAACCGUCCGGGAGAGUGUACAAUACCGAUUUCCACGUCCCCAAAGUCCCUGGCAAGGACGAUGUGACAGGGGAGCCUCUGACGCAAAGGCAGGACGACUCAAUCGAUACAUGGAAGCAGCGAUUGCACAAGUUUGAAGAAACCAGCAAGGCUCUGCUGGAAUACUAUGAGCGGAAGGGCUGCCUGUGGCGUGUGGAGGGCAACUCUAGCGAUGAGAUUAGCCCAAAGCUCUUUGCAGAGAUUGAGCGCAAGUUUUGUUGA